AUGGACCAAGUACGUUGGAACCAUUAUUUAGAAAGAAAUUCUCCUCCUUCAUUGGACUCGACGUUAUUAAGUUCCGUAACGGAGCCCAGCACCACAACUGCCAAAGCCACUACAACCAGCACCACUACAACUACAACCACACCUACCACAACUACAACCACACCUACCACAACUACAACCACACCUAAUACAACAACAACCACCACAACAACUACCGCCAGCCCUACUACAACAACAAAAGCAACAACAACAACAACAACUCCAACUACGACAACCACCACAACAACUACCGCCAGCCCUACUACAACAACAAAAGCAACAACAACAACAACAACUCCAACUACGACAACCACCACAACAACUACCGCCAGCCCUACUACAACAACAAAAGCAACAACAACAACAACUCCAACUACGACAACCACCACCACAACAACCACCACCACUACAACAGCAGCACCAGCACGUCCUCUGCCAACUGUAGCCAUACAGAUUGUCAUUAUAGAGGUUUUUACUCAAGCACUGGAGGACCCGAAAACUACGGAAUUUAAAAUCCUAGCCACAAAGGUGGAGACGAUGUUUGAUGAAGUCUAUAAAAAAAAGUUUGGGCCUCGUUUCAUCAGGACCAUCGUGAUUGCAUUCAUUGGUGUUUCCAGAACCCGGGAAGAAUUAAAUGUACAGGCGGAAGUUGAGUUGGUGUUCAGUGGAGCGUCCACUGAACCGAUCCCCAGCAACACUGACAUUGUGCAGACUCUAAAAGAAGCAGCUGCUAAUUCAACUGCAGGCUUCAACCUCACACUUGAUGCCACCACUAUUACUGUCAUUAAAUCAGUGCAGAUAAUUCCGCUGACAAUCCUCACCAAUGGAACCUUUGUGGCUGCUCUUUCAAAUAAAAGUUCUACUGAAUUUCAGAACAGGGCUUCGAUGAUAAAAGCAGGGCUCGAACCUUUUUUCCUCGCUGAUUACCCUAAAUCAUUCAGCACCAUAUCCAUAACAGACUUCAGUGAUGCCAGUGUAAAAUUAAGGAGCGUGCCCACAAUCCGAAACUCCAUGGAUCUUGUAUUUGGAGCGGAUGCCGUUCUACCUAAUAGCACCCAGAUAGUGAACACUGUAGUUCGAGCAACUAGAAACAACACGUUACCCUUCCAGAUCUUCACUUCUUCAAUCAUAAUAAAUGGAACCGAACAUUCGUCAGGUGAAGUCAGCAGCAGGAUCAGUGUGUUGACCGCUUCAGUUCUGGUUGCUGUGUCGCUUCUGGUUCCACGGUUUAACUGAACGUAACCACUCAUGCCAAUAUAACUGAUUCAGACAGGUCUGAAUCUUGCCUUCAGCUCAAGUGAAGGACUCAAAUGAAGCUACUGAUGCUACUUAAUGAGUAGUAAUGAAAGUAAUAUUUUAUAUAAUCCUAUUCUGAACACUUCAAACUAGAUCUUAGCUAUAAUGGAUUCCAUAUCGGUUCUGGAUCUGCAUGUUUUGGUACAUUUUCUUCCUUCAGAAUCCAUCAUCAUGCGCUUUACUAUUAACUCCCAGAACUGUUCCAUUUAGUAAGGACAGUUUAGAACACACAAAUACAGUACACAGGUUUUCAAUGUCUAAAGUAUGCUGAAAUGCUAUGCUAUUACUGAUUUCUCAGAAAAGGGAUAAAACAAGCAACAGUUAAAAAAAAAGAACUCUUUAUUUCAUAAACCAUUUCAACUGAUUUUCAGUUUUAUUAAUAUGAUGACUUUAAAAUAUACAUAUUAAAACAGAACCAUAACUACUAUCAUGUACUGACAGAGGGAAAAGUUUGAUUUAAAAUGUUUGAUCUCUUUAGACGAUUUCACUUUAUUAUUGAAAUAUCAAAUUCUAACGGUUGUCUCAUACACAUACUUGUAGCCCUUUUGAAAUGCAGCAUAGCUUCUCCGAACGUAAGCCAUGCAUUGGAAAAUGUUAAAGGUCUUUUUUAUGCUGGCUGACUCUGAACAGUCUGGAAAAGGUUUUGAUGAGCUAAAGGAUGAAGUGUUUCAAUGCUAAUGAAACCUGUAAAACAACUUGAAAGAAUGACAAAUAGCUACAGGACAUGACAUCAGUCUAGGGGAGAAACUUGGUCUGAGAAUAUUACAUAUUAACACGAAAACCUGUACAAAAACCACAACAACAACAACAAAUUUCAUGCACUUGUAUCAUACCAGUAUUUUCUAAAUUAUUUAUUCUAGAAAAAAAUCUAUCUAAUAUUUCCUAAGUUAAUUUAAUUCUGAACUCAAACGGAUUUUCUGAGAAAUGUAUUGCUUGUUGAUAUUGUUCACACUGGAUGUGGUAAACAAUAUGAUGGUUACCAAGAGCACAAGUGAAAUGAUCAUAGAACACAGUGAGUAUAUACAAACACUGUUAGAUAGCAAACCGUAUGUAUAAAUACUAGAUAUGCUUCAAUUCUCUAUAUGUAAUAUUUAUCACUUUUCUGGAUAACAUUCAAUGUUGCAUAUAAGUGCUAAAUAAACUCUGGUGACACAAGUACAAUUAUGAUGGUGAUAAAUAAAACCAAUCAUUCUCAUUUUCAGUCA